AACCUCCGGUCCCGCAAAUCCUUCUGCCGCUCUUGACGAUGACCACAUCCGUUCCUGGGGAAAAAAGGGAAACCCCAAACAGAAGACCAUUGGUCGGCUGAUCGUGCCACGCAGGAAAAAUUGGAAAGCCAUGGAGUUACUGGAGGAGGACCUCACGUGCCCGAUAUGCUGCUGUCUCUUCGAGGAUCCGCGCGUGCUCCCCUGCUCUCACAGCUUCUGCAGAAAGUGCCUCGAGGGCAUUCUGGAUGGACAGCGGGGUCCCGUGUGGCGCCCUCCGUUCAAAUGUCCCAGCUGCCGCAAAGAAACUUCCCACAAUGGUAUCGCGAGCUUGCAAGUAAAUUAUUCCCUGCGGGGAAUCGUAGAGAAAUACAACCGCAUUCGCGUCCUGCCGAGAAUGUCCCUCUGCCGCGAACACCACGGGCAACCGCUCAACAUCUUUUGCGCCACAGACUUAAAACUUAUCUGCGGGUUUUGCGCCACCACGGGCGACCACCGAGGACACACAUUCUGCGCUCUGCAGGACGCGUACGAGCAGGAGAGGGCCGCCUUCGAGGAGCUGUUCCGCGGGCUCGAGAGCUGGCGCAGCGCCGAGGUUCUCUCGUGCCUGGAAGCGCUGGAGAGCAGCAAGAAGAAGGCGCUGCAGCUCGUCUCCAGAGACGCGGACCGAGUCACCGAAUACCUCGACAAACUUCUCCGCACGCUUGAGCACAAGCGGAGCGAAAUUCUCUCCGAUUUUGAGACUCUGAAAUUGACGGUGAUGCAAACUUACGACCCGGAGAUCAGCAAGCUGCGUGCCGUGCUGGAGGAACAGAGACGCGCGCUUAACAUCGCCGAGUCGUUCAGGUCCCUAACAGACCCGCUUGCCUUCCUUCAGCAGAUGCAGGACUUUCGCGAGACUCUGCGUGUGAUCAAGGAGACGCCACUGGUACCACCACGGAACGAUGAUGUUGACGUGGGACCUCUUGUUCGGAACUUCGAUGUGCAGCAGUGGGAUUCGGUCAGGCUCGGUGAUGUAGACAGCCUCUGCGCUCCGCACGAGAGCAGCGCUGCUCAGCGGUCAUCGGCCAGCCCAGCUGCUCCACGGCUCUCCCGCGCUCUCUGGAGAUUCGUCCUCUUCGCGUGCGUGUGCCUGUCUGUCACGGCUCUGAUUCCAGCGGACUGCCUCGCGCACACCACCCCGGAACGAGUGGCUGCCUUGAGCCGAGCUUACCUGCCCGCGCCCGAAGAGGUCCUCCACCUGGCCGGAUGCUGCUGGAGAGAGGCAGCGGGGCUCUGUGCGUUCCUGAUGGAGCUCUGUCAGAACUGUAUCCUAAACCUGAUUAACACCAGCGCAGACUUCAUCAGCUGAUCAGUGAAUGCAUCGACAGCCUGUUCGAUUUGUAGUUGUUGUUGUGGUAGGCACAUAGACCCUACUUGCCUUUCUUUCUGAACAAGCCUUAUCAUUUAGUUUCACCAUGUGUGUGAAAAAUACUACCGUAGUGGUUUCUAAAUUGCCAUAAUAUUGUGAAUUAAAUCAUUCGGAGGCGCAUAUAAUGUUUUAAACACAACCUAAACGACAGGCUAACAUAACCGACCGUUUUCUUCAGCCAAUGACAACGAAAUCUAACUUUUGUCUGUUUAUAGAAUAGUUUUUGUCCGUGAUAAAACAUGACUUCAGCUUUUGCUGCUGGUCCGUUUAAAUUUCAGCUCCCGGGUUAGAGUAUGUAGGUCAGGGUUGACCUUUGUUUUUCUACGCGUCUUUUUUUUACCUUUUAAUGUGUGUUCUUAGGGUGUCAGUUGAGUGUGUGUUUGUGUUCUUACAUGCCCUCUCCCCGAUCUGUCUAUAGGGUAUCGCUCUGCAUGUGCACUUCUCCCCCCCCCCCCCUCUCCUCCUCUCUCCAAGGCACUUCUCCGUUUAUUUACCGAGCCUUACAUUUCGAACAAAAUAAAAUAAGCAGUUUAAGUUCUUA